UGCCUGCUCACACUGCCAGAAUCUGCAGCUUGUCUUCCAUUUCCUCAUCAAAACACAACACAACAGAGCAGAGCCAGACCGGGAACAAGACAAAGCCGAGAAGCUCUCACACUCUUCUCUUCUCCUCUCCUCUCCCCUGUCUGCUCGUUUGGUAGGUUCUGCUCACCAGUCUCGCUCACAGUAUACAAAGCCCCAUCCUCCUGUACUCAGCGACCACUUGAAGAAACAUCACACUCUCUCUCAGAACUCAGGCACGGCAGCUAGCUCCGCAAGGAACUAUGAGGACCAUCAUGGCGAGGAGCCCCCAUGAGUCAUCCUUCUCCUUCUCCCGGAGGAACUUCAAGUGGCCGGUUCUUGGCAAGAGCAGCAGACACGGCGCCACGGAUGGCGGGGAUGAAGGCUUCGCCAAGGGCUCGGAGGCCGACGACGAGGAUGAGGCGGCCAUGGCAUUCUCCUCCAGCUGCCCGUCGUUCCACUCGGAGGACUUCGUGUCCCCGCCGCCGCCCAAGCCGCUGAAGCAGCGCAAGGAGAAGGGCCGCACGGCGGUCUCGCGGCUGCGCACGGCGCUGGCAGCAGCCAUUGCCGGCCGGCACCGGCAGGUCGGGCUCGGCGCGCGGCUCACAGGCACGCUCUACGGCCACCGCCGCGGCCACGUCCACCUCGCGUUCCAGGUCGACCCGCGCGCGUGCCCUGCGCUGCUGCUGGAGCUGGCCGCGCCCACGGCGUCGCUGGUGCGCGAGAUGGCCUCCGGCCUCGUUCGCAUCGCGCUGGAGUGCGACCGCGCCAAGGGCGCCUUCCCGAGCGCCGCGGCCACGGCCGGCUCUCACGGCACAGGCGCGGGCAGGAAGCUGCUGGAGGAGAAGGUGUGGCGCGCGUACUGCAACAGCAAGGGCUGCGGGUACGCCGUGCGGCGCGAGUGCGGCGCCGCGGACUGGCGGGUGCUGCGCUCGCUGGAGCCCGUGUCCAUGGGCGCGGGAGUCAUACCGGCGGCGUGCGGCGGCGGCGAGGGGGACGUCAUGUACAUGCGCGCGCGCUUCGAGCGCGUCGUGGGCUCCCGCGACUCGGAGGCGUUCUACAUGAUGAACCCGGACAGCAGCACCGGCAACAAUGGCGGCCCGGAGCUUAGCAUCUACCUCCUUAGAGUUUGAUCGCACGUUCACCACCAGGUCUCGCGACCAUGCAUGCUUUAAGCUGCCCUUUUCCCCCAUGUUACCUUUCGUGUUAUGGACUUGGAAUUCGUAUGGACUUCUGGUUUGGUUGUUGUGGAAAAAUGCAUGUGCCGUGUAGACCACUGGGAAAAGGGAACGGAACAGAACGGAAACUUUCUUUUUAGAGGCCUUUUUGGGAGGUGGCUGAUCACUACCUGCUUCUCUAAUAAGGUUAUGGCGAGAUUGUGAGAGUGAGCCCAUGAGGCAGAGGUGACAGUGUUGUAAUAUUAAUGUAGUAAUGA